AUGGCGCCUGAUGUACUUCAGCGUUUCGCCGUAGGUGGAGGAGCAUUCCCAGUAACCAAGAUGCAGGACCCCAAGGAGAAGUUUUACCGCCACUUCCAGGAAGAGGUUGUUAGCCUUCAAGAGCAGAUCAACGGCAUCGGCUCCAUAGCUCUGGUUGGUGGUGAGAGGCAAGAUGCCAUUGACCACAUUCUGGCCGGCAUCUCGAACCUCUCCAACGAGGUCGCCGAUGCCUCCGACUAUGUUCCCUCGUACGACCAGCGUAAUUACGCUCAGGCCGUCAAAGCUCUCACGGACAAGCUGAAUGAGACGACAACAAAGCUCGCCCCUCGUUCACGGUUCCAGUUCAAGCCACGCGGCGCGAGCACGGCGACCAGUGACCUGGCCGCCCCCAAGAACGACCCGCGGCUGCUCGUGGGAAGCUCCCUCGCAGACCCCCUGCCCGCAUCCCGCGGCGGCCCCGUCGUCGCCCCGGACGUGCAGACCGAGACCGACGGCCUCGGCGAGCUGCCGUCCUUCCACAAGAACUACAACGAGGAGAUGGCGCGGCCGAGCACCACGAAAGUCCGCAAGCCCAGCUUCUCCACCGCCAAGGACAUUUCCAUCUUCGGCCAGGAGGGCCUGCACAUCAUCCUGCCAACGUCGGCGGCGAGGGCGACGUCGUCCGGAGGGUUGAAAGAUCUGAAGGGGUGUGUUGUUGACAUGUCACUGGCGCUGUCUGGCACCUCCUCGUUUGCGAACCUGGCGCUUAAGAACAUUGAGAAGAGUCUGAUCGUCGCUGGCAAUGUUACCGGGCCGGCGCAUAUCACUGGUGUAUCGGAUAGCAUCAUCGUCGUGUCCGCGCGGCAGGUGCGCAUUCACGAGUGCAAGAACGUCGACAUCUAUCUGCACUGCUCAAGUCAUCCCAUCAUCGAGGACUGCUCCAACAUGCGCUUCGCGCCGCUCCCGGCCAGCUUUGUGCUGAUGAUUGCGCAGGACACCCCGGAGGACCCUGUCAAGAACCAGUGGGAUCAGGUUGACGAUUUCAAGUGGCUCAAGUCGGAGCCUAGCCCGAACUGGAGCAUCCUGCCCGAGGACCAGAGGCUGCCGGACGAAAUCUGGACAAAGGUCGUCCCGGGCGAGCGCGGGAAGGAUCUGCACGACAUCCUCAAGGCCUUUCGUGAAACCCAUCCGUCCAGCGAUCCGUCACUCCGUCUCCAUCUUGUCGCCCGUUCCGCCCUCCUCGUGACCAAACUUGACGCCCGCAUCCCUCAGCCGAUCCAGCACCUCGCGCUGCAUCUUGAUACGCUCCUCGAGUUCCUUGAUUUCCUCUUCUUGCUCGUCGAUGGAGCGAUCCAUGUCUGGCAGCUGGCGCAUCUGCGUGCGGGCGCGCUGGAGCUUGUGCUUCAGCGCGUCGGUCUGAGCGGGCACAUCCUUGAGGGACAGCGGGGCGUUGGGACUGGCACCGAGGGGGUUCGGGGUCGCGCCAGGGCCGGUGCCUGCGGGCGUGGCGCCGGUGAUGCCACCGACGGAGCCGGAGGUCUGGAUCGCGGUGCGAAGGCGGGUGAGGAUGCCUGUCAGCUCGGUGAGGGUGUCGAGGGCGUCGGGGGAGAGGGUGGAGGGGAGCUCGAGGGGGUGAGGCGGCAUUUUGGGGCCGUGGGUGUUUCGAGAUGA